AUGGCCGUAACAGGCGGCCUCGCUGGCCUGGUUGUUGGCUCAGCCAGCUACUGGUUGUACUUCCAUCGAGUUGAAGUUCACAUGUAUGGUCUGCGAAUACUCAACACGAUCUUGGGAUCCAGUAUCGUCCUCGCAGUCACCUUGGCCAAAGCAUACUCCUACAGUGUGUCUGACGCUAUUUCGACCACCUUCACUUUGACCACUGCUUUCCUUGUGGGAGUCUUUGCCAACUGCCUCUACUUCCGACUCUUCCUCAAUCCACUGAACAAGUUUCCCGGCCCAUUCCCUGCUAGAAUCACAAGCAUGUGGUGGCCGACACAAUUGGGCAACUCAGAUGGAUACUACUGGCUGCAGAAUCAGCACAAGAAGCACGGCAAGAUUGUGCGAGUCGGUUCCAAUGACAUUUCCGUCACCGAUCCUGAUAUCAUGGAAAUGGCGUACGGGCCCAAGUCUCGAGUGACCAAGGCGAAUUGGUAUGACAAUGAUUACCCACUCACAUCAAUGCACACGACUCGCGACAAGGGUCUUCACGAUCGACGACGACGCGUAUGGGCACCAGCAUUUUCCGACAAGGCACUUCGCGACUACGAGAUUGAGAUUCAGAAAUUCAACGACAAGCUCGUGCAGAAGCUCGCCGAGCACAACGGUGGCCCAGCAAAUGUCACAAAAUGGUUCAACCUAUUUUCCUUCGACGCAAUGGGAUUGUUGGCAUUCGGAAGAGACUAUGGCAUGCUGGACAAGGGCGAGAAGCCUCACGAACUGGAAAUGCUAGACGAGGGAAUGCAACCUUUGGCAUUCCGUCUUCCUGCUUGGUUCUUCCGCAUCCUUACAGCCAUUCCUGGUCUGUCAGCUGGAUACCAGAAAUUCGUCAACUUCUGUAUCAGCGAGCUGACAUGGCGUGUCAAGAACGAAGGCAAGACGAAGCGGGAGAAUGAUAUCAUGGGCUGGUUGUUGAAAGCAUACAAAGGCGUCAAGAAUCCUGAGAAGGAUACUAUGUUGCAAGCCGAUGCUCGAUUGAUCAUUGUUGCUGGAAGUGAUACCACUGCAGGCACUCUCACCUGCUUGCACUAUUAUAUCGCCAAAGACAAGGAAGUUCAGAGGAAGUUGCGCGAGGAACUGGAUCCUUUGAUGCAAGGCGACUGGUCCGAGGCGAACAUUCGAGGAGCGAACUAUCUCAACGGCUGCAUCAACGAGGCUCUCCGCUUGCACCCUCCUGUCCCAUCUGGAUUGAACCGUCUCACACCACCAGAGGGUCUUACAGUCAACGGCGUGUACAUCCCCGGCAACGUCACCUUUUUCACACCACAAUAUGUCAUGGGACGAGACUCCUCCAUCUACGCCGAACCCGACUCCUUCAUCCCCGAACGCUGGUACAGCCAAGAAGAAAAGAUCAAGCACAAAGACGCUUUCGCACCUUUCAGCAUGGGACCGAUGGGCUGCAUUGGAAAGAAUCUGGCAAUGAUGGAACUCCGUACUUUGACUGCGAAAUUGGUUACAAGAUUUGAUAUGAAAUUGGCGCCGCAUGAGGAUGGAUCGAGAUUGAUGACCAAGACGAAGGAUCAUUUUACUGUUGAUCUGGGGGAUGUGGAGAUUUGUUUUGAUGAGAGGAGGAGGUGA